AUGGAGGGACUGGCCAAGAAGGAGCAGCGGGCGAUGGACCCCGGUGGCGGGAAGAAGGAGGGAAAGGUGGAGGUGGAAGCGGGAGAAGAAGAAGAAAAGAAGGAGGAGGAUGAAGAAGACGAGGAGCAAAUCACCGCUGAAACCCUGCGGGGCAAGCCCCGACCUCUGCCCAUCUCAGCGAUAUCAGCUUUCAGUUACGUGCCGCCAAGGCACCAGGGCCCCAAGGAGCGCAGCUACUUCGGUCGCGAGGGCCAGACAGGGGUUGUCUCCCUCUAUGACUGCGUUUUUAAGAGGAGACUAGAUUAUAACCAGAAAUUACAUCGAGAUGACAGAGAACAUGCAAAGAACCUGGGGCUUCAUUUUAAUAAAGAGGAACAGGAAAGGACUGUGCCAGUGCUGAUGUCCUCUGUCUAUGGGAAACGCAUCAAUCAGCCCGUUGAGCCGCUAAACAGAGACUAUAUCCGUGUGAACCACGUGAAGACCGACUUCUACAGGAAGAACGACAUUGCCAGCAUCAAGGGGCCCGGCUUUGGGCACAUCACUCCAGCCUGA